CCGAGCUGGAACAGGAAGUACAAAAGAGAGUUCUAUACUGCUGUCGCAAUACUUAUGAGCCCACCGUCCCCUUAGGAUGCAUUUCAACUUCGGCCUACGAGUCGUCACCAACAAACUGAACUACAUGUGGUUUUGACACGGAGAGCAUGGACAGCCUCUAAGCCACUUUCGUGUCUAUAUUUUAAAAAAGAUCAGGCUAGCAGUUGGAAGGCACUAGGAAUAAUGGGGGAACCGCACGUUCAACCCCUUGUCUGUGACUCGGCGGUCACGCUGGUGGUGAGGACGCUCUCCAAUAGCGGCAGGGUUUCGCCACUACCUUCGCCGAUUGCCCCGGAGAUCCCGGCACCCCCGUCGCCAAAGAGCAAGAGCCCCAACAAGCGGCUACUCUCCUUACUAGCGGUGGCAGUGGCAGCUGUCUUACUUGUGCUAGCAGUGGCUCUACCAGUUACUCUGACUCGUCGUGGACAUACGGCAAAGCUGAACCUGCUGUACAACACAUUUCCGUACAACGGCUUCUGCUCCAACAGUUCAUUGCCGUACAGCCUGACGCCAAGUUCAAAUUCGCCAGCGGACGGCCUGUACUGCUUCACAUUAAAUGUCAGGACGACAGUGUCUGACUGCUCCGGCUACUGUUGCUCUGAGGCGGAGCUUCAAACUGUUGAGUUCGACGUGGAUGCCACCUGCAAUGUUGCCGGUGCGGGCAUCAAGGCUGUCGUCAACGGUGCACCCAGCAGCACCCUUCCCGCCUUCGAGACACCCACCCAGGGGCCCGAGGGUAGCGCCCUGUUGCGGCUGCCGCAGCUGGGGCUAAGCCGCAACAGCAGCGGCGCCCAGAUUUGCCUCAUCCUCCAACCCAGCAGCCAAGGCCAGGGCUGCACCACCCUCGAGCAGCUCUGCGUGCCUCCAGCCGGCCAGCCAGCAGGCGCGUGCUCUGUUGCCCUGCUGGACAACCAGAGACAGUGCUGCCAGGUGUCAUCGGUAGCGCAGCUGGCCACGUCAGCAGCCGCGUCGACGUCAUCGAACAGUUCCGCUUCGGUGACGGCCGCGGAGUCCAUUACACAGCAGGGCAGUGGUAGCCAGGAGCAGCAAGCCGGCACUCCGCCGCCAGCCCUUCCGCCACCAAGCUCGCUACGACUUCCACCACAGCCAUCCUCCCUGUCAACAACGAACAUACCCGGAACGUCCCAACCUCCCACGACGCCGCCCAAGCCACCGUCGUCACCUCCUAACCCAGCACCGCCGGCCCCACUACCUCGUCUCUUAUUGCCUCCCCCACCACACCCUUCACCGUCGCCGCCUUCCUCCUCACCGCUGUCACCCGCACCUCUUCCACCGCCAACAUCAGCGUCGGCACCCCAUCCACCCUCUCCAGUCUCGCCCAUUCCACGCUCACCACCUUCACCUUCACACACGCCGCCUUCCCCGGCCCCUCCGUACUCUCCUCGCCCUCCGCCCUCACCCGCUCCACGCUCGCCGUCUCCACCCUCACCUGAACAGCCUUCGGUAUCCUCAGCCCUUCCACCUUCACCGACGACUUCGUCCUCGCCUUCACCAGGCUCCUCGCCACCCACGCAUCUCCCGCCUAUGCUGUCUCCGCCCUCACCCUCGCCGUCGUCACCGGCGCCCCUGCCCUUAUCGCCCAUGCCGCCGUCACCCCCUACUCCUUCGCCUACCCUCUGGUCAUCCUCGUCACCCUCUCCACCUGUCCCCGUCCCUUCACCUCCCCUACCGACUCCACUCUCCCCCACGCUACGCUCACCGCCCCCACCUUCUCCCUCAUCUCCGUCACCUUCGCCACCUUCAUCUGCACCGCCCUCGCUGGCUUCAACCUCGCCGUCUCCACCCACGUCUUCCCACCCGUUACCGCCACCACUCUCGCCUAGUCCUCUCGCGGCGCCGCUGCCUUGGUCUUCGCCCCCUUCACCCUCAUCACCUUCAACCCCAUCACCGUCACCACCCCUACCUUCGCCUUCACCUCCCGUGCAAACACCGCCCCCAACUCUCCUACCCUCAGCAUCGCCUCCAAGCGCGUCUUCCACCCCUGCGCCUUCCCCGCCAUCCUCACCCAACCAGCCUUCACCGGCCUCACCCACCUCGUCGUUACCGUCACCUCCACCACUGUCAGCAUCAACAUCCUCAGCUCCAUCGCAACCGCUUCCAGCUCCCUCACCGACCACGCAUUCACCCCGUUUGACGGAUCCAGAUUCAAUCCCACCAGGCUCAUUGCCUACAUCAUCCGCUGUGGCCCCACCACCUCCCAACCCAGUAUUCAUGCCGCCUUCACCGUCUUCUUCCUUAACCUCUCCCACGUCACCACGGCCAUCGCCCUCGCCCCUUCCUCCAGCAACUUCUCCGGUACAACGGCUGCCUCCGUCGCCUUCACCACCCUCACCCAUGCCAACCGCGCCUCCGUCGCUUCCACCGCCUUUGCAGCUUCCAACAUCAUCAUCGCCUUCGCCCGUGCCGUCUUUGCAGCCGCCGCCUUCACACAUGCCACCAACGCCGCGGCCACCACCACCGGCAUACCCGCCUCCAACAACCUUACCUGAAUCCCAGCUGCUCCCACCACUGUCGCCGCCUCUGCCCUCGCCAGUACCCCCGCCGCCUUCACCUCCCUCGCCCAUUCCUCCACCACCACCGGUGUACCCUCCGACAACGCCGCCAUCAACGUCCCUGCCUCCAACGACCUUACCUGAACCCCAGCUGCUUCAACCACUGUCGCCGCCUCUGCCCUCGCCAGUACCCCCGCCGCCUUCACCUCCUUCGCCCCUUCCUCCACCACCACCGGUGUACCCUCCGACAACGCCGCCAUCUACGUCCCUGCCUCCAACGACCUUACCUGAACCCCAGCUGCUUCAACCACUGUCGCCGCCUCUGCCCUCGCCAGUAUCCCGCCCGCCUUCACCUCCUUCGCCCCUUCCUCCACCACCACCGGUGUACCCUCCGACAACGCCGCCAUCAACGUCCCUGCCUCCAACGACCUUACCUGAACCCCAGCUGCUCCCACCACUGUCGCCGCCUCUGCCCUCGCCAGUACCCCCGCCGCCUUCACCUCCUUCGCUCCUUCCUACACCACUACCGGUGUACCCUCCGACAACGUCGCCAUCUAUGUCCCUGCCUCCAUCGACCUUACCUGAACCCCAGCUGCUCCCACCACUGUCGCCGCCUCUGCCCGCACCAGCGGUACCCCUAUCACCUCCACCUGUGUACUCGCCGCCUGCGCCUACAUCCUCCUCAAUGGAAACACCCUCGCGGCCACCACCGUCGCCACCUCCCUCUCCACCUCCAGCAACACCAACAUCGCCUGCACCCCUAACCUACUCGAUGCCUUGGUCGCCCACUCCAAUGCUACCUUUGGCCCCGCCGCCGGCACCACCGUCGCCCCAUGCCCCAUCGCCCCGACCAACCCCAAACCCACCUACGUCAACUUCACCUCCUUCACUCCCCUCCUCCUCAAUUUCCUUAAGCCUUCCACUGCCUCCUACUCCCCUAUCACCUUCGCCGGCCCCAUCCUUACCACCUCCUUCCUCACCUCCAACCCAGCCACCGUCCCGACCCUCGCCUCCUCCGCCUUCGACUCCCCGCUUACCGCCACUCUCGCCUGUACCCCCCGCACCGGCGACUCCUUCGUCCCUUCCACCUUCGCUUCCUCCUCUACCUCCGCUCUCGCCCGAACCGUCCGCUGCACCGGCACCGCCCUUGCCCCUUCCACCUUCGCCUCCUCCUCCACCUCCACCCUCGCCCCAACCAUCUGCCGCACCGGCACCGCCCUUGCCCCUUCCACCUUCGCCUCCUCCUCCACCUCCACCCUCUCCCCAACCAUCUGCCGCACCGGCACCGCCCUCGCCCCUUCCACCUUCGCCUCCUCCUCCACCUCCACCCUCACCCGAACCACCCGCGCCGUCGCCGCCUUCGCCCCCUCCACCAUCACCGGCUCCACCCUCGCCGCCACCUUCACCUCCCUCACCCCUUCCGCCAUCGUCGCCUCCCCUUCCACCUCCGCCCCCGCCGUCGCCGCCUUCACCUCCCAGACCCAAACCGUUUCCGCCUUCACCACGCCCACCCUCUCCUUUACCUCCCUCACCUCCACCACCACCUCCUCGCCCACCACCUCCUUCUCCCGGACCAUCGCCGCCGUCCCCUCGACCCCCGAAGUACCCAUAUCCACCUUCACCUCCGCCUCUCAGCCCGACCAGCACUGGUGCAAGCUACCCCGUCUGCAUUUACCUAAACAUCACAGGAGACCCUCCGUACAACAUGAGUCAGAGCGAGUGUUCGGCCUUUGCUGCGGUCGUUUCCAGCGCGUUCAGUGCUUCGGGCGCCCGCAUGAGCAUCAAUUUUGCGCUAGCUAACUGUACCAGCACCACAGCCAAGGUCUGUGGCAAGUUUGCAAGCGGGUCGGAAUGCCAGACAGCUGGAGCCUACGUUAACGGCCUCAUCUCGAAUACCUUCAUGAAUUACGUGGUUAGCGGCACCACUAGCAGCAGCAGCUGUAAGGCAGAGCUUCUGGGCUAUGGGAUCACCAUCAGCGCCGGCCGGGACAACAGCAGCGCCUCCAGCGGUUCGAAUGAAUCAUGCCUGGCCGGUAGCUACAGCAUCCAGUGUUGAGGUAGUAAGCCAGGCGCAGGCGCGCUUACAAUAAGGACGAGUGGCAGCAAGUGGAGCAGCCGCUAGCUACUGCUGCAUGCAAGCGGUUGGGUGCAUGUGUGUGGGCAUGGGGGUGCAUGUACAGCGAAAUGCGAUGCAUACCACACAUGGAACAGGCUACAUGUGUUGGUGGAGGCAUGGGGGAGCCAUCCAAGCAACCAGUAGUACGCAGCAGGGCGUGCGCUAGCUACUGCAUGUUGUUCUUGGGGCUCCCGCUAGCUAGCUAGCUGCCUUCCGGAUGUGAUGGCGACGAUGACGCUGAACAGUUGUGUACGUGGUGUUGAAGAAGGCUGCAUGGGCGGCCGGAGUAUGCGAUAGGUCGGAGUGUCAUUGCAGCACGGGGUGAGGUAGCAGCAUUUCUGGCUGCACCUGCUAAUUGGGCGUGUGGUAGCUUUGCAGGGACUUUGGCAUUCCCGCCGUACAUGCCGUACAUGAUGACUGUGUCCCGUGCUCAUUGAUAGGUACGCAUGAGUAUCGGCAAGCAACCCACGCACGUCCGCUAAUGAAUAAACAGGACGAAAAUCCCGAUCGAAGUGUCCUGCGUGCGUGUCGCAUACAAAACAAUGUUCAUAAUGUUCCGUACGCAAGUACGGUGACGUACUAAAUCGGCGGGUGAUGCAUUUCAUUGAUCGAGAUUAAUAAAUGCGAUAACGUGCAAACACCAUAACUCUGCCCUGCUUUCACAUGGUGCGGUUGUAGCUGCUGCUGCCACGUAUACAGUUGUCACACAACCACCCUACCUUUUAUUUAUUGUCUGCCUUGAUUGACGAAUCGGGGUGAUGAUUUUGAUUCCGAGCGACUAAGACACCUGGCGGGCGAGCGUACGGGCUAGCUUUCCCAGCCGUACCUGUAUUGGUGGUUGACAUUAAUGAUGAGAUGUAUGACCACGCACGGGAUUUUUCGCAAGCCGUGGCAUCGAAGUACUUGCAAUUUUCGUUACCUGAGGAGUUAUUGAGAUGGAUGCAAACCGCCGUUUACGGAGGCAAACCAUGAUAGCAUCUCCACAACCACUGCUGGCAAAAGUACGAGUUUAUUAGUGGUGACCGACACGUUCUAUUUGAGUAUAACGGAGUUGUACUAUUUGGUUGCACUCAGGUCAAGACCGGGGUCCCUGUUUCCCUGUAGCUUUUGUGGGAGGGGUUGCGCAUGUUAAUUAAAGAUUGACGAGUCAAAAGCGAACAUGCAACAGUGUGCGUGGGUAGUGGGGCACAAGCUUCCGCCGUACUCUAAUAAUUAUGGAGCGAGCUCAUGGGUGCGGUUACGGAUGCAGGAGGCUGACUGCGGAUGCAUGUUUGGCUGGUAAUGCAAACGUACGAAGUAUGUAGAUACGAUGUCAGUUAGUGACUGAGUUGCUGAAGUUGCCUGGUUGCUUGAGGAGAUGCCGCCGAAAGGGAGCUGUUCCCGCGAAAAUGCGUUCUCGCUGUGCCGGCCCUGAAGCCAGAACCGAAACUUAGCUUUCUGGUUACCGGUAGUAGGUUUCUUGCAUGCCAGACUCUUGUUGAUCCGCGCGCAUCUCCGACCGAACUUCUUAUAUGGCUGCAGCCUUAUUGGGACAUGAUCGAAUGGCUGUGAUUACCUUGACACAUCUUGCUGUGGACGACCCAUGGUUCACCAGCUGCGCAAGCAAGCGCCAACAGGAAGUAUGUACCUGCGGUUCGGAGCCUAUCAGCACUCAGGUCGAGCUAGCGGAGGAAUGGUCAAACCAUGCAUGCUUGGGUCGGUUCCUUGUGCGUGCUACUGGGUUGUCAUCGUAAAGGGCCUUCCGAACUGCAGCUCCUUUCAGCAGCCUUGACUGCGCGCACCGAUGCGAAGUACCCCAUUAAUUCUUGCCGACUCCCGCGCCCCACCACCUAGGUUUGCCG